GCCAGUGGAGGAGGGGGAGGUUUUGGGGGUGGCGGGGGACUUGACGGAGGUGGAGGCGGGGGAUUCGGUGGAGGAGGCGGUCCUGGUGGUGUAGGUGGUGGUGGAUUUGGAGGAGGUGGUGGAUUUGGAGGAGGAGGUGGUCCGGCUCCAGGAGGCGGAGGAGGCGGUGGAUUUGGUGGUGGUGGUGGACUUACACCUAGCGGAGGUGUUGGUGGUGGAUUUGGAGGAGGUGGUGGAUUUGGAGGCGGAGGCGGUCCAGUUCCUGGUGGUGGAGGAGGUGGGGGAUUUGGUGGUGGAGGAGGCUUUGGAGGAGGUGGAACUCCUCCAGGAGGGUCAUUUGGGGGCGGAGGUUUCGGAGGCGGAGGUGGUAUUACACCAGAUGGGCCAUUUGGGGGAGGGGGAGGAGGAGGAUUUUCGGGAUUUGGAGGCGGUGGAACAUUUACAGGCCCUGGACCAGCUCCAGGAGGCGGAGCAUUUGGUGGAGGAGGCCCAGCCUCGGGUGGCUUUGGGGGUGUAGAUCCAACUGGAGGAGCUGGUGGGGUACCGGUUGGAGGUGCAUUCGGACGGACUGAUGGUGGUUCAGGGGCUAUUGGCGGUGUGUUUGGACGUACUGAAGGUGGCCGAGUCGGUCCCGGGGGUAGUAUGAGGUUCGAGGACCCUGUGACAGGAAUGCAGGUGGUACCAUCAGAUGUUGCGUCGGCAGUACGACAGGCUCGGACCGGGGGUCGUUUUGGACAAGGUCAAAGUUUUCCAUCAGGAGGGGGUCAAGUUUUCCGUCAAACUGAAUUUCAAUCAACUGUAUCAAAUGGAUUCCUCCCCGGUGGUGAUAGUAGUGCCGGAGCAUUUGGGCAACAGCGAUCAGGAUUUGGUUCAUCAACGACUCGAGGAGCCCAAGGUGGUCUCAACAAUGCAAUACGAAUUCGAAUCCCGGUGGACGGUGGACAGCCGGUAGUGACUAGAAAUGGAGUAACACAGCAACUACCAAGCGGUAUGUCACUAAGGGACCUCGGCAUUAACAUUGAUCCAUUUUCCAUGCAAUCAUCACGUGGUUCGGGUACAGGUGGUGAAAUGACAGGUUUUAGAAACGGGCAGAGUAACAUAUUACCGCCGCCUACGACUCAAGGUUUUAAUAGCGUCACGUCACAGACUUCACAAGUAACUGUAAAUCAAGGGCGUGGUUCAGGUAACACGGGGACAAACGGGGGACCAGAUCUGGUAGUUCUACACAUGGAAGAUCUUCAAGACCCGUCAAAUUUACCUGCAAUUAUAAAAACACUUACAAAUAUUUCUGGUGCACGACAAGACAAUUUGAGCAGUUCAACCGGAAGGGGAAUAUAAUUGUACGAGGGAGGACAGCGCACGUGGUGACAAUUACGUCAAAGACAUCGCAAAAAAUGACUAUGUUUUCUUCUGCAGAAAUAUCAAAGCACCAGGAAAGCACGCACUGUUGUUCAAAAUAAUUAUGAUUGUUUUGUAUGUUCUAAUUUGUCACGUGGAAAAGUUUACUAUUUUAUUUGUUUUUGUUUUUUUAAAGUCUUCAAAAUGCCCAAGGGAGUAAAUACAUAUUAGAUAGGUAAAUAUUUAAUGCCAACCCCAAUUGUUGCUGGCCUAUAAAUAGAUACAGCAGAACAAAUGAAUUUUAUUAAGUAUGCAUUUUUGUUGUUGA